UACUUUUUACUUGAUUUAUUCUUUUGUCAAAAGCCACAUUCAUCAUCUCUAUUUUCUGUUUUUUUUCUGUUGUUCUGAAAAUCAAAACCUUAAUCAUCUUUCGGACCUCGAAUUGAAUCCAAAAAAAUAAUCUUUCAGACCUCGAAUUGCAACAUCAUCUUCCAUGACUCAGCGAGCUUCUUCUUCAGCAACUCAAACCAGCAGAUUCUUCUGUUCAAGCCACUUCCGUCGUCGCCGUGACCUCCUCCAAUUCGUCACGUCUUCUUAUUCGCCGCAAAAUCACCAAGCCAAAGCUUUCUCCUCCGCAAAUCUCAGCCGUCGUCAGCUUUCAAUCCGUCACGAUUUUCUUCCCUUACGGCCAUGUCUCUCCUUUGCUUCGUCAUCGCCUGCUCCUCGAGCCACCGAGCUUUGCUCCAGAUUCCGGCGAGGAGAAGGAUCGGUCAACUCCAAGUCAAAGCUCUCCUCCUCCACGAUUGAAACCACCAUGAAGCUCCUAUUCACACAAUCAAAGCUCCAAGCCACCGUGAGAGCACCAUCUAAGUCUUCUUCUCCGCCGUUGCAGUCUGCUCCUACUCUGCGACCGCCGGCGAAUCACACCAGAGCUCAUUCACAGUCAAUCUCUGUUCAGUCGUAAUCAUUGAACAUGAUUUAUCCGACUUUUUUCUUACGGCGAUUUGGUCCCUUAGCUUUUGAUUAAUCACGAUUUUGCCCCAAUUUACAGAUACACAGAUUUUCUCUCUGAUUUUGGCUCAAACAUUUCAACUAUGCAUUCCACACUCUCAUUUAUGCAAUUAUGUUUGCAAAUGCAAUAUUAACAAUUAAAUGCUACUUUAAUAAUCUAGAUUAACUAAAUUAAGAUGCAAUAGUAACAUCUAAAUGUUCAUAUUGUACACAUACAUCUAUUUCAUAGUGUACAUAUAUACAUCAACUUCAAAGUGUACAUGUGUACACUACAUAUGUUCUUUAGAUAUUAACAAACUGCACCACAAUUGCAUACAAGAUCACAAUUAAAACAAAAUUACAAUUUGGAAACAUCAAAUGUUGGUCAUAUUCUUAUACGUCUUCAUUCCAAUAGCCACUUACGUUACAUCAUUGCAACUCUAUGUUUCUCGUACAAGUGAUAUUGUGGAAUAUAUGUAUAUGUGGAUAUUUGAUGUAGGGUGUAUAUAGUGGAAUAUGUGUAAAUGUGGAUAUUAUAAUAGCCAUUUAUGGUUUUCACCAUUGUACAUAUGCAUUGUUGUACAUGUGGAUAAGGUCAAUUUUAUGUACACAAUGUGUACAUACAUGUUAUAUUACAUUUUAAAUUUAUAUUUGUAUAUUAUAGGGAUUGGAUUGAACAAAUAAAAGUUUUAGGACAAUUAAAAAAGAUGUAUCUGAAAGUUUGAUAGUUUGGGUCAAAUUGAUAAUAACCUUAACAAAUAAAGAACCAAAUGUGAAAAUAUGAGAUUUGGCCAUUGUUGCUCGAGCUUCACCGUACAGCACCACAGUGGAUUCCGACCAUCAAAACCACCACGACAUACUGUCACAGCGCGAGGUGGAUGAGUUGCGGAGCACGACAUGGAGGAGGAAGCUUGGUCGUGUGAAGGAGAAGACUACCGAGAUCGAGCUUGGCUUAGGUUCAUCGGGGUCACAGAUGAGGACCAAGAAGCACGACGAAGAAGAACUGUGACAUAGAUGACAUGAUGCACCAUGGAAGUUCUUAAAAAAUGAGUUUUUUAUAUGAAAUUAGUCGACUGAAAAAGAAAACAAGAUCUGAGAAAGAAUAGAUGAUGAAAAAUCAGUGGGUCAUACAUAUUAUAUUCUAGUUAUACUUUAGUCAGUGAUGAAUGGAAUAGGUUAAGAUAAAGUGUCCUAGAGCUAAAAGUGUUAAGAUAAAGUGUUUCUAAUAAAACUUAGAAACUGCUUCUGAGUCUAAAUCACUCAAUUCGAAACAUGAAAUAUGAAACAAACUAAAGCAACAACACUGAAAUUUAUUCUGAAAAUAAAUCAUAACAGCAAACAUCCAGCUAAAUCAGAGUCUAUCUUCCCUCCAUAUGUCAUUGACUAACUGACUUAUUUGUCCACGUCAUCAGUAUUUUGAUCUUCUGCUGCUUCCAUCAACUGUUUCCCGCGCUUCUUCUUCCUCUAAUAAGUCUUUAGAGGCAUAUGAAUACCCCCAUCCGCAAGACUGAGCUUGUCCCCAAGCUCAGUUAAUGGAAACUCUGAUUUCAAGUCCUUCGCCAACACCCAGGGGUGGACCUAGGUUACAACUAGGCGGGACAAGUGCCACAUACAGAAAUUUUAAUUUUUAUUAGUCUUAUUGAAAAAACUUAGAAAUUUAGAUUGUUUAGUCUUCAUCGUCCCAUGCACCUUUGGUUGAAAAUCAACUAUAACUACUAUAAUUUUGCUAUUUAAUACCUUUUGCCCCAUGUUAUUAUAGAGGCUAGAUCCGCCCCUGCCAACACCCGUGAAUUGUCAUGAUCCAGCAAGCCUGUCCAAUGUAUCAACAAUUCCAAACGUCAUGUUUCAUUAUAGCGAGUUGCUAAGACAUAGUGAGUUUGUACCAAAAUCUCUAGACAUAGUGAGUUUGUACCAAAAUCUCUACGACAUUUUACUGGAGGUAAUGCUGAAACUUGAUGAUAAGUUCCCAAAACAUUUCGACACAAGUACUUCGGGAGUUAAAAAGAAAAUUCAAUUUAUCAAGUUAAUUUUACUUCAGUGAAUGUAGAUCCUCCGGUUCACGAGGUUUGGCAAUAAGAUAUGGAUUCAAAGGAGCUAAAUAGGAUACUAGCUAGCUAGACGUGUACAAGUGAGGCUGACUUUGAUGCAGCCGUGUAGGUAACACUAAAUUUUGUCUAGAUAAAGAUCAGACAAUAUACCUCCGUCAAGCAAAUCUUUUAUAGAAAAAAAAAAUCAAUAUCUGUAUAUUUAAGAAUGAUAUGUAAAUUUGUAGAUUAAUUUAGAAUAAGUUAAGUUUAUGUAAUAUUUUGUGUAUAUUUUGCACAUGGAUAGUAGACUUCAAUGUAUAUGCAGAUUUUCUCCUUAUGAAUAAUGACUCUCCGUAUCACAGUUCGGCCACCUUACGUACAUCAAGAAACAGAUAAAACAUUUAAUAAAAUAAGAAUCUGAGUUUUGUUCCGUUGAUGAGUUUUAUCCUGGAGAAGUGAUAUCGAAUCUCUGCGAUGUCAAGAAUCAUAAUUCUUUUCCUUUAUCCCCAAAUUGAUUUAUGAUGAAAUUUUAUGAAAAAUAAGAACCAUUUGAAUGUCAGUAAAGAAGCCACGUAAAUCACCAAGCACAAAAAGAAAAACAAGAAUAAGAUUAUUCUGGAGAUAUACCACACGAUCUCGCGUCUGCGCAGAGGACGGUGAUGCAGCUUUUAUAAUAUUUUUCAUGGGUAAAUAUUAUCAUAUAGUAUUACUUUUACUUGUAUACAUUAUUGACUUCAUCUUGUGUGUCCUUUCCCAUUGUCAAUAUGUUUCUUUAGAAAUUAUUACAAAAUAGUGAAUAAUGUAACAUAAAAACUAGUAUAAAUUGAAUAGGUGCAAUUUCAGUUGUUAGGGUAUUCCUCAUAUAGGUUCCUUAUUUAAGAAAACAAAACGUACAUAUUCAUAUAAUAUAAGGAAAUGCAAUGUAUUUUUUUACAUGGAAAAUAAUAAUGUAAUUAUGGAAUAAAUGUGUCUUUUGACACUGAAAAUAAGGCUACUUUACUAGUGCUAAGACUGCAAUCAGUUUUCGGACUUUUUAGCUAAGACUGCUAAGACAUUUCGAAGAGAAUUACUUUUUAUUGGUUGUUCUAUUCCGGUCUGGUUACCCAGACCACCUCAAGCUUGAGUAAUAGAAUGGCCGUUCGACGUAAAAAAAAAAGACACUGAAAAUAAGGCAUCAAAGACAUGACAUUGUUCGUCCGUAUCAAAUAUUCCUCACAGUCACAUCUGAUCUAAGAGAUUUUAUUAUCUGUACGUUUUACCCAAUUAGUUGAUAGUUGCACUUUUUAUUCUCUAGCUGCAAGAGGCACAAAGGCAAGAGGAAUGAAACUCUAUAAUACUUUCGAACAUCGUCCACUAUCUCAAUUUUCAUUGUUUCUGUUUCUUUUAUCUUUCAUUAUCUUUCUGGCUACUUUACUAGUGCUAAAGUUGUUUGUCCUCGAAAAAGGCUUCAUAAGUUUAAACUCGUAACAUGAAAGCUAUAAAUAGAGGAUCCUUAUAGACCAUUCACUACAUGAAACACAUAAACUCAAAGUCACCUGGCUCUCAUCUGAACCCAGCUAGUUCACAUUCUUUCUAUAAGUUCUCUGGCUAUUCAAUUUUCAUCCGUAACCUCUCAUUUCAAUCAGAACACAACUAUUUUCUACCUCUCGAGUUUCUUCUCGAACAAACAUUAUCAUUACAACACCAAUGGAUAAGCUACAGAAGAUGAUCUCCGAGAAGUCAGUAGUGAUCUUUAGCAAGAACUCGUGCUGCAUGUCUCACACAAUUAAGACUCUCUUCAUAGACUUUGGCGUGAACCCAACGAUCUAUGAGCUCGACGAGAUCAGCAGAGGACACGAGAUAGAACAAGCAUUGGCUCAGCUUGGCUGCAGCCCAGCUGUACCGGUGGUGUACAUAGGAGGGCAGCUCGUUGGUGGAGCCAAUCAAGUCAUGAGCCUUCACCUUAAUCGCUCUCUUGUUCCCAUGCUUAAGCGCGCUGGUGCGUUAUGGCUUUAAUAAUGUAAUGAUGAAACUAGGUUUAGUGGACAAAACAAAAAUACAUACAUACAUUACAUAAAUGUGUAUAUGAGUUAUUGAUACGUCUAUCUAUGUUUUGAAAAGAUAGAUUAUGCGAGUACCAAUUUUGUAAUCUGUGGGUUUAUUUUAUAAUAAAAUCAUUUACCAUGGAUAUUAACUUUUCCAUGUUUAUAUUUUUAUACUUUUUAUAAUUUCAUAUAUGCGAUGUAUACAUAGUUCAUGAGGAGUUGAGGACUGGAAAAUUAAUAAGUACAUUUUAUUUGGGUGAAAAGGAAUCGCGGAUACAUAUGAACGACAUGCUCGAGGACAUACUAAUCUAAAAAUGGAGAUAAAAUAUUUUAUAAGCAAAAAGGAUUGUAUUCUUCCAUAUACCUUUAAGUUAAUUUAAAUGAUGACGAGUAUACUUUAAUCAAGUUGGAGUUUUGGUUUAUAAUAAGAACGAUCAAUAAAAGCUGCCCAUGUUUGUCAUCAUAUCAAGUUAGAUUCUUUGCUAGAGAAUAACCUAAAGAGAGAAAUAGCGGCUGUAUUUGCACUAGAAUCUACUUCUAGUUAAAUUACUAAACUGUAUAUAUUUACUAUUUUAUUAAUCAGAAUAAUUUAGUUGGUUUUUAUAUCACAAUCCUAACAAUUUAAGAAUAUACACUACAAGAAAACAGUCCAUUAAGGACGAAAAUUAAUGACAUCAACAUACAGUCGUAAAUUAGUGACAUCUUAAUGACACAUGAACGACAAAGAUAUACAUACGUCGUUAAUACGUCGGUAAUUAACGACAUACACAAAUGUCGGUUUUUAAUGACAUUUUAACUACACUAUAAUGUCGGCAGUAAACCUUAUGUCGCUAAACCAUCACUAAAGCAUGGCUAUAGUAUACGUCAUUACACUGUCGUAAUUUAACGACAUAUUAAUGACAUGAAGACCAUGUCGUAAACUAUUCGUCGUUAAUUUCAGUCAAAACGCACACGACUAUCACUAACAAGUAACAACAUAUUUAUAUGACGCCUGUUAGCGUCCGGUUAACGAUAAUUAUGGUAUUCCGUCGUUAGUUCAUUAGUAAUUAGCGACAUAGUAACGAUAAUUUCAAUCCCUAAACCACAAAUGUUUGUCUUAAACCUCCAAAUCUAAAAUUCAUGGUAUACUAUGUUUACUAUUUGUUAUUAUAUUAUAGCCUACUAUUAUAUAUCCAAUAUUAUUACCUUUUUCCUUCAUUGAAAAAAUCAAAUAUCACUAGCUAUUCCAAGAUUUCUAUAAGACUUAUACGAAAUAUGAUUACGUUUAUUUUUACGAUUAUUAGCAACAACUUGGUGUAAAAGAUAUUGCAUACGAACUUUACAAUGAAAUAUUAGUGUGUGCAAGAUGUAAACUUUUCUUUAUGUGAAUCUUAAAAAAUGAGUUACAGUUAUUUGGGGUUUUUAAAACGACAUAUUAACGACAUUUAACCAGCAAUAAAAUUACAAUUAUUUCUGAAUCUUUAAAAGUUUCUUAUUUCUUAUUGGCCAAUAUCUUUUUGCAAGGAUUGCUAUCUACACCCCUGAUUAGUUUUUAAUCUAAUGGUUCAUAUUUCUCCUAUCCCUUCUCCUCUCUCCUUCAGAUUUGUUUUCAGUUUCUUCACAUUGAGCUUCUUCUUUUUUUUUUUGUCACAUUGAGCUUCUUCUAUCUCAUAUUCUCUCCUCCUUCCACACUUCGAUAAUAUUUUAUUUCUUACUCAUUCACCUCAUCUCCAUAUUCUUACUCCUAUCUCCACUGCUCAUGGCUCUCCUAUCUCCACCGUUCACCUCAUCCUCUUAUCUCUACUGCUCACCUCAUCCUUUUAGAUUCACCGCUCACGGCUCUUCUUCCUCCACCGCUCAUCACUCACGACUUCCUCCUAUCUCCACCGCUCACAGCUUCUAUCGCCGCUCACUCUCUGGUUCCAUCUCUAGCUAUCAAUCGAGAUUCAAUCCCCUCAGGCUGGGAAUCCCGCCAAGCGAGACGGUCUUGAAGCGACCAGAGCAAAAUGACGACACUUCAGUCCCAGGCAUACCUUGACGGCGCAAGACAACGAAGUCGCAUGAAGAUUACUUUUUUUUUUUAGGUUUAGGUUUGUAUUGUAAUCCAUUUCAUGUUUAAACCGGUUUAGUUUGUUAACCAAAUUUAAUUGUAAACCAGAUUUUAUUUAUAAACUAAUUUUAAUUA